GAGUGAGUGAGACAGAAAGAGAGUGUGUAAGAGAGAGUGAAACAGAGAGACAGGGAGAGAGAGAGAGUCGAUGAGUGUGUGAGAGCGAGAGAGAGAGCGAGAGAGAGAGAGAGAGAGAGAGAGAGAGAGAGAGUGUUUUAAUCUGGUCGUUGUUCACUCUCCGUUUCUUCCAGCUGGGUCUCGGAGCAGCUGCUGAAGGUUGAGCCGUUGGACGGGAGGCCGAAGGAGGAGAGCUCCAGAGGGACUGGGGCUGAGGACUGCAGAGACUGGACGACUACGGCGAGAGAAAAAGACGGUUGAAAGAGUUGAAAAGCCUGCAGAGACUGAGGUAAAGAGGCAGAAAGAAGACAAAGCAAAUAAAGGCGCGAGAAACUAAAGCAGAGGAGAAGGUCUAGCGAAGAACGGAGGGACUGUAAAUGAGCGCCGGCCCCCAGAAUAAUGCGGAUAUGCAAAUAUGAAGGGAAGAAAUGAAAGGGAAAGCCGCUCAGGAAAGGAGAUGAAACCACAAGUGUCUUUCACGGCGAGGGAAAGAAAGGAAAGAAAGGGAAUGUUUUUUGGCCUCCUGCUCCCGACCCGUUGAACCAUGCUGAGGAGCAGCUCCACAAGGUCGUCGCUGCUUGUCCUGAGGGUGUGUGCCUGCCUGUGUGUGUGUGCCGGACUCGCACGCACUUCGGGAGAUCAUGCGCGCCGGGCGCAAGAAGGAGGCACCAAUCUGGCGCCUCAAAGGGCGGCAAGAAAGAACUACUUAUCAUCAACAUCAUCUCGCACAGAAACCUCCCCGAGUUCAAAGGCUGCCUGGAGAGAGCGGGACACUUUGAAGAGAGUGCGACGGGACGCUGUGAAUAACGAGAGAGUAAUGGAUAACGAGGUGCCCUUGGCUCCGACAGGGCCUCUUUGGGAAGGGACGACUCGCGAUCCCUCUCAAGCCGCGGAGAUUAGAGCGAGAGGUUCAGAAAGCGCUGGGACUGCAGUUUCUCCGCUCAAAAGCAACAAAAACUCAAACCCUUCUGCUCUAAUCACAACAACAGACUCUAUACCCAACGCCACAGAUACCCCGCAAUCCCUCGGCAGUGAUGCCUGGGUGGGUGAUAAUCUUCCCGAGGCUCAGAACGCCUCAACAGAAAGCAGUUUGAUAUUUCAGGAGCUUCCAGGGUCUUCAGAAAAUGGACCGCCACAUGCAGGGAUGGACCCUCGCUCCCGGUCCAGGAGAAGCUGGAUCUGGAACCAGUUCUUCGUGAUUGAGGAGUACAGUGGGCCGGAGCCGGUCCUGAUUGGUCGGCUACACUCCAGUAUGGAUCGAGGGGACGGCCGCACAAAGUACAUUCUGAAAGGCGAGGGGGCGGGGUCUGUGUUUGUGAUUGACGGGAAAACGGGAAACAUCCACGUGACAAAGCCGCUGGACCGGGAGGAAAAGGACCAGUACCGGCUGAUUGCCACGGCAACAGACAGGCAGACAGGCCGGCCGCUGGAGGCUUCGUCCCAAUUCAUCAUCAGAGUGCAGGACAUCAACGACAAUCCACCGCUGUUCGCCCAUGCUCACUACAGCGCCACCGUACCAGAGAUGGCCAGCAUCGGGACGUCUGUUAUUCAGGUAACAGCUACAGAUGCAGAUGAUGAGACGUAUGGAAACAGCGCUAAACUGGUUUAUUCAGUGGUCCAAGGUCAGCAGUAUUUUACAGUGGAUCCUCAGUCAGGUAUCGUCCGCACUGCAGUGUCGGAUAUGGACCGAGAAGUCCAGUCUCAGUAUGUGUUGGUGCUGCAGGCCAGAGACAUGGGUGGUCAUCAGGGGGGUUUAACCGGGACCACCACCAUCACUGUUCACCUCAGCGACGUUAACGACAACCCGCCCCGCUUCACCAACAGUAUGUGGUCGUUUUCCGUAUCGGAGCUGGCUCUCCCAGGGGUAGAGGUGGGCCGUCUGUCGGCGACGGACGCUGAUCUGGGGGAGAACGCUCGGCUGGAUUUUACCAUCACAGACGGAGAGGGAGGGGGCACCUUCAACAUUACCGCCCUCCACCAGGAGGGGGUCAUACUGCUCAACAAGGUAGUGGACUAUGAGCGGCGCAGCUCCUACACUCUCUCAGUGGAGGUGCAGAACCCCACAGUGGACCCCCGCUUUCUCCGCCGGGGGCCGUUUAAAGACCGAGCGACGGUCCGGAUCACUGUCCUGAACGCGGACGAACCCCCACGAUUCUCACGCGCACGGUACAGACUGGACGUGUCCGAAAACUGCCCACCCGCGUGUGCUGUGGGGCGCGUCGCUGCUGUGGACCCUGAUACCGGCCUCAGCAGCAAUAUAAAGUACUCUAUUGACCCUGAGUCGGACCCCGAGGCUUUGUUCCGGAUUGCCCCUGACAACGGCCUGAUCACCACGGUGAAGGAGCUGGACCGCGAGCGCGAGCAGUGGCACAACAUCACCGUCAUCGCCACGCAAAGAGAUAGCCCCAACCAGGUUACCAGGGUAGCGGUUGCUAUAGAGACGCUGGACCUGAACGACAACGCCCCGGAGCUGGACAGGCAGUACAACGCGGCCGUGUGCGACUCCAGCAGCGUCGGACAGGUGGUACAGGUCAUCCGGGCAAUCGACAAGGACCAGAGCAGCUCUACUUCCCCUAUUCACUUCAGUCUGCAUGCAGACAGCAGCCUCGCUCUCAACAUCACUGUCCAGGAGAGAGGAGACCACACAGCCAGUCUGGUUCUUCUGUCGCCGCUGAAGCCCCUCCCUCGCUCUGCCAGUCCUUCUUUGCACACUGUGAAACUACCCAUAAUCCUGAGGGACGGGGCGUCGGAGCUCAGCAGUACGGGGACGGUCACCCUGACCCUGUGCCCUUGCCAGAACGGAGGGAUGUGGGCGGAGGAGAGGAAGCGACAGACAGACAGAGGGAAGAGUGAGGACGGUCAGACGGUGAUGGAGUGGGAGAGGCAGACGGUGUGCGUGUCGCUGCCCUCUGCCUCCGCCCUGUUGGGCCUCAGCUCCGCCGCCAUGCUGGCUGUACUCGCCUGCUCGUCCACUCUACUGGUGGUGACAGCGUUAGCUCUCUCCGUUCGGAGGCAGAAGAGCGACUCUCUCUCUCCGCUGGAGGACGAUGAGAUCAGAGAGAAUAUCAUCACGUACGAUGAUGAAGGGGGCGGAGAGGCUGAUACGGCAGCAUUCGACAUUGCUGCCCUCAAGAGCGCCCCCCACAGCAUGCACAGCGCACUGCGCCUCAGUCGCAGCAUUUACUCCCAGGAGAAUCUGGACAGAAUGUACAGCUGGACUCAGACCGCCGCUGUGGACCCCCAGCGCCCCGGUUCUGCUCCGCUGUAUGGACGCUUCUGCUACAGUAUACACACCCUGCCCGCGGUGAGGGACAGGAUCGGACCCUACGACUCCCGGCUGGACUUUACCAAGCUGGCCUACACCCUCCCCAGCGGGCAGACCCCGAACUACGGACCCCUGGACCCGGGGAGCAUGUUCACAGGCCUGGCAGAACUGUCUCCUAGCAAAGAUCAGAGCACAACCGAGGAAGAGCACAAAGAAACUGAGGAUUCCGCUGAAAACAACCUGAAGGAGAGCGAGACAGGAAGUGAGGUCAUCUCUGAAACUCAGAAUCUCAGUCAGGAUCAGUCUCUAAACUCGGAGGGUCCAGUAUUCCAGAGCUCCAGUCAGAGCGACUCCAGCAGCUCGGCAGAUCAUUCCGCCGGGUCCCUCACUCAUCACCCCUCCACUGCACGCGCCUCCUCCACCUCAACCAUCGUAUCCACUGUCGCCACGGACGACACCGCGGCGACCACGCCCACUACGCACACGCCCACUCUGCAGACGCCUACGGAGGCUCCCAUCAACACCAGCCAAACCUCAGCGCCAUUCAGAACAAUGGAGGGGACUCUGCUGAGAGCAGCUGGAGGGAUACCUUUAGCCGGAACUACUUGCUUGUACCCGAAAGCAGGGGAUAUCGUGGGUGUUUACGCUCUGCCAGGGCGAGUGGCCAUGCCUUUCCCUGGAGGGGCGGGGCUGUACCUGGGUGGGUGGGGCUUGGGUAGACGUGAGGGGGAGGGACCUGUACCUGGACCUUUGCCUGGAAGAAGUGGACCUAACCCUCUGACCCACAGGAUGAGCGACUUCCUGCAGCACCGGCUGGCCCAGGUCACCUUCGACCCCAUGCAGCCUCCGUACGACUCGCUGCAGACGUACGGACUGGAGGGGGCGGGGUCACAGGCCACCUCCCUCAGCUCAUUGGAGAGCGACUGUGAGCGAGGGACGGAGGAGGAGGAGGAGAUUAAGGAGUGGGGACCAAAGUUUAACAAGUUGCUAGAGAUCUUCAGAGAGAGAGAGAGGAAGACAGAGGAGGAAAGGGAGGGAAUAAAGGAGAGAGAGGGAGGGAAUAAUAAAGAGAUGGAGGAGGAGAAAGGAGGGAAUAACGAGGAGGAGAAGGAGGAGGAGAUGGAGGAAAAGAUAGAAGAAGCAGAAGCAGGAGGACAGUAACCUUUAAGCUGGAUGAUGGAUUUCUGAUGCAUUUGCAUUCUUGAUGAUCUAGUUAUAAGUGGUGAGCACAAGAAGGUACAGGUGUGAAUGGGAUACAGCGCUUCUUAAAGAUGCACCGUAAUCCAAUCACUCAAACCAUAGACAAGUCAGUAACACAUAUCACCAUAUUAUUAUUGUAGUGUGAACACCAAAGCAUCUUGAUGAGCUAAUCAACUGUGCAGAACCAGUGCAGAACCAGUGCAGAAACCUACAAAACUCCACCGCAAGUCCACUGUCUAUAUGAGUUAGCUGAGCAUGCUACAGUAACAAGCUAAUGGAUGCUAAUGUGAUACCCAUUGCUGGUACUAAAGCAAAACUAGCUGCCUCAUCUCGAUUUAGGCUGAACUGGAAGACUCCUACUAUAAAAUUAGCCCCUCCUCCAGCUGAAAUGUUGCAAGACAUCCAAUCAUAAUCUCCCAAGGGAGAUGCAUUAAAAUGCCAGGUGUGAAUGGCUACACGUUUUGGCAAUCAUCUUGAGAUCAGAUCACUCAGAAUAAAUGUGUUCCUAAGGUUUUUACUCGAGAAGGACAUAAAAACGGAAAAGACAAGAUGGAAGGUGGCGAAACAGUGAUGUGUUCCUAACAAGUGGGAAACUGGAAUUUUCCAACCUGAAAUUUCUUACUUCCUGAUUUCCUAUUUCCUAUAUGG